GAUUGUUUUGGCAGUUAGCCUGACAGCUGUCUAGUCUGGUGCGCGUGUAUCGUGGUGUGUGUGCCUUGCGACUUCGGAAGACGGACGGAAAAUUUGGAUGAAGAAAAGCCGGAUUGGUUCUUUUCAGUGAAAAUUGAAACACUUCCGGGAAUUUCCCUUUGUCGCCAUAUCCGUCGACGGGAAAAGUGCACUCGCUCGCGUUUGUGUGUAGAAUCGUUGUGUGAAACAGUUUGCUACCGCCGUAGCCGUGGACCGGGAAUCGAAAGUGUUAAAGGAAAAAGAGUGACUUUCAACCGAAACGUGCAACCGAUUCGAUCCAGCAAGGAGCUGUGGUGAAAUAUGGCUCUGGAAACGGAAAGUGUUCAAUCGGCGGAAGCAACCACCGAAACGGUGUCUACGCCCGGAUCCGACGGGAUUGUUGGCGGUGGCGAUUCCGGUGGAAAAAAGAAAGGUUGUGGUAAAAAUAAAAAACAGAAUGGUAAAUCGAGUUCACCUCCCGUGGGGGGUGAAAGUAAGGAAACGAUCGGUAACGGUCACGCAGUACAGAAUGGGCUAAACGGCCAUCUUAGCUCGGAAGAGUCGGAUACUGUGACCGCCAACGAUGGUGGUGCGGAUGACAAAAGUGCUGGUGUGGCCGGUGGUGGAGGAACGACGGAACCAUCAACAACCGGCGAUGAUGAUGUGAUGAAGCUAAUGCAGGAAACCGGCUUCACGGUGCAGGUUCUUUCGCCUGGUGUGGAACCACUCUCGAUACAGGUAUCGAGCAUGGAGCUGGUGCAGGAGAUCCAUCAGCUGCUGAUGGACCGGGAAGACACAUGCCAUCGGACGUGCUUUUCGCUGCAGCUCGACGGUCGUACGUUGGAUAAUUUUGCCGAGCUUAAAAACAUCGACGGACUGCAGGAAGGAUCGGUGAUUCGCGUGGUUGAAGAACCGUACACAAUGCGUGAGGCACGCAUCCAUGUGCGUCACGUGCGCGAUCUGCUCAAAUCACUGGACCCGGCCGAUGCGUACAAUGGUGUCGAUUGCAGUUCGCUUACCUUCCUGCAUACGAUCACGAUGGGUGAUAUCAUGGAGAAGAAAAAGACACGCCAGGAAAGUGUGGACUGUACGCCGCCCGAUUUUAUCAUGCCCGGUGCGAAAGAGCGUCCGCUGCUGCCACUACAGCCGGGAUCGGGCAAAAAGGGCAACCCACAACCACUGAAGGUACUGACGACGUCUGCCUGGAAUCCACCGCCCGGGCCGCGCAAACUGCACGGUGACCUGAUGUACCUGUACGUGGUGACGAUGGAAGACAAGCGACUACACAUUUCCGCCUGUUCGCGCGGCUUUUACGUCAAUCAGUCGACGGACGACACGUUCAAUCCACAGCCGGCCAACCCGAGCUACCUCUCACACUCGCUGAUCGAUCUGUUAUCGCAGAUAUCGGCCACCUUCCGGCGAUGUUUCUCGCAGAUGCAAAAGAAGCGCACCCAACGCCAUCCAUUUGAGCGGGUGGCCACCCCGUACCAGGUGUACACGUGGACAGCGCCCGCCUUGGAGCAUACGAUCGAUGCGAUCCGUGCGGAAGACACGUUCUCGUCGAAGCUGGGCUAUGAAGAGCACAUCCCGGGACAGACACGUGACUGGAACGAAGAGCUACAGACGACGCGGGAACUGCCGCGAGCAACACUGCCCGAGCGAUUGCUUCGCGAGCGAGCCAUUUUUAAGGUACACAGUGAUUUCGUGACCGCCGCUACCCGUGGCGCAAUGGCCGUUAUCGACGGUAACGUAAUGCCGAUCAAUCCGGGCGAGGACGCUAAAACGCAAAUGUUCAUUUGGAACAACAUAUUCUUCUCGCUUGGGUUCGAUGUGCGGGAUCACUACAAGGAACUUGGUGGAGAUGCGGCUGCAUUUGUGGCACCGCGCAACGAUCUGCACGGUGUGCGGGUGUACAGUGCGGUAGACGUGGAGGGGCUCUACACGCUCGGUACCGUAGUGAUCGACUACCGUGGCUAUCGCGUCACAGCACAAUCCAUCAUACCGGGCAUACUGGAGCGUGAGCAGGACCAAUCGGUCGUGUAUGGAUCGAUCGAUUUCGGCAAAACCGUACUCUCACAUCCAAAGUAUCUCGAGCUGCUAAAUGCGGCUGGGAAACAUCUGAGAAUUCAACCGCACAGCGUGUACAAUGACAAGCAGGAAGCGAUCGAGCUGUGCUCCUCGGUAGAAUGCAAAGGCAUUAUCGGUAACGAUGGAAGACACUACAUUCUCGACUUGCUCCGCACGUUCCCACCGGAUGUGAACUUUCUUGUACUACCCGCCGAAGAGGAAGCAGUCGGUCGGGAUAGCCAGGCGAUGGGUUUCCCUAUCGAACAUCGGCACAAACUUUGCUGUCUCCGUCAGGAACUGUUGGAAGCGUUCGUAGAGAACCGGUAUCUAAUGUUCAUGAAGCAUGCCGCUGUACAGUUGCAGCAGUGCGUUAAAAAGAAGCAGGAACAGAAAGCGACAGUUGCGGCGAUGAAGAAUUCGGCCGACGAAACGAAACCAGCCGCAAUUGAAGAAGGUGCAGUGGAGAGUGAAAAGACGGAUGCGAAGGAACUACCGAAGGAUAGCAAGGAUGUGAAGGAGACGGUGAAGGAUGCAACGCGCCCAAUGCCGAAAGCGGACAGUGAUGAUGCGAAGAAACUGGUCGAAUCGUUAAUUUCAUGCGAUCAGAUGAACGAAAGCAAGGAGGUAGUGAAGCGCGUCUGCGAGGCAGUUGGUUCGCUGAAGGAGUACGAGUUCGAUAUCCGGUUCAAUCCGGACGUUUACUCGCCCGGUAUUCGGCAUGUUGACGGUGAUGCGAAUGCUGCGUGUUCCUUGCGUCGCCAGAAGCAACUGGUGAAGGAUGCGGCCGAAUUUUUGGUAAAGCAUCAGAUACCGAGCUUCGUGCACGAAUGUCUUGACCAUUCGUCGGCCCCGAUGGAUGGUGUCACGCUGACCGAACUGCUGCACAACCGUGGCAUUAACGUGCGCUAUCUCGGCAAGGUGGUGGAUCAGUUGGCAAAGAUAAAACAGCUCGAGUACUUGCACACGAUCGCUGUAUCGGAGCUGAUCGUUCGUGCUGCGAAGCACAUCUUUACCGCGUAUCUGCAGCAAACGGACGUUAUGAGUAUGGCGGCCGCUAUCAGUCACUUCCUGAACUGCUUCCUAACGGUGUCGACCGUCGGUUAUCAACCGGUUUCGAACGGUAACGGUGCCGAUGGCGAUGGACAGCUGGCGGACGAGUUCGGUCCGAAGUCAUCCUCCGGCAGCAAGAAGCAAAGCAAACAAAGCAAGCGUGGCGGAAAAGGAAAUGGUGGUAAUGGUGGACGAAAAACCACAUUUUCCGUACCUUCGUCCGAUAACAAUGAGUGGCAGUCGUUGACGUCGAAGUUACUGUGGUCACAGAUUCGACAGGAACUGAAAGCUUACUGGGACUUCGAGCUGACGGUGGAACCUUCGAAGGAAGGUAAAGCGGCGUCCGCAAUCGAUUCAAUCGAGCCACUGAUUGGAGCGUUUAAGCUGCAGAAAAUAAGUCUGUUGCGUGCGUUCUGUCUCAAGACGGGUGUACAGAUUAUGCUGCAGGAGUACGCCUUCGAGCAGCGCAAUCGACCGGCGUUUACCGAUGCGGAUAUAGUGAACGUGUUCCCGGUGGUGAAGCACAUUAAUCCGCGCGCCUCGGAUGCGUACAAUUUCUACACCACCGGUCAGACAAAGAUUCAGCAGGGUUACCUUCAGGACGGGUACGGGCUGAUCAGUGAAGCGCUCAACCUGCUGAACAACGUGUACGGUGCGAUGCAUCCCGAGAAUGCACAGUGCUUGCGCAUGUUGGCCCGGCUUAGUUACAUCAUGGGUGAUCCACAGGAAGCGCUUGCCAUUCAGCAGCGAGCGGUACUGAUGAGCGAACGGGUGAAUGGUGUCGAUCAUCCGUAUACUAUUUCCGAAUAUGCCCAUCUUGCAUUGUACUGUUUUGCUAAUAGUCAAAUUAGCACCGCACUGAAGUUGCUGUACCGUGCCCGGUAUCUGGCCACCAUUGUCUGCGGUGAAAACCAUCCUGAUAUUGCGCUGAUGGAUAGUAACAUUAGUUUGAUCCUUCAUGCUGUUGGGGAAUAUGAGUUAUCGCUUCGCUUUUUGGAGCAUGCACUGGCACUGAACAUUCGGUACUAUGGCGAGAAAUCUCUUAAGGUUGCCGUCAGCUACCAUCUUGUAGCCCGAACGCAAAGCUGUAUGGGUGAUUUCCGAUCGGCGUUGGUUAAUGAAAAGGAAACGUAUGCCAUUUAUAAGCAACAGCUUGGCGAAAGCCACGAAAAGACUCAAGAAUCUUCCGAAUGCUUACGCCACCUGACGCAGCAGGCGGUUGUGCUGCAGAAGAAGAUGAACUACGCCAACGGAAAGCUGCUAAGUACGGGCUUACCACCGAUUCACAUUCAGCCACCAUCGAUGGGCUCGGUGCUGGACAUGCUGAACGCAAUCAAUGGUAUCAUUUUUGUACAAAUUAGCUCCAAAGAAAUUGCCAACUUUAAGAAUGAAAUUGAAAAGCGCCAGAAGGAGGCGGGUCAAAGUCAACCGCAGCAAACGGCACCGGUGCAAGCCAACCAAGAGGAGGUCGAUCGUAUGCUAAUGGAAACAAUGCAAAAAACGGCCGCCGGUAUACCGUUCGAGGAGCAGGACGGUGACAAGAAGGACAGUGUGAUCGUGCAAGAGGAAUCGUCGAAGACGGCGGAAGUGGCAUCGAGUUGAAGCCGUCGUGAUGCGCUAACGCUCGCUGCAAUUGCGGUUUGCGUUGAAUCCUAAGCGAUCCUUCAGCAUUAACCCACGCUUUUGGGUUGAACAAUUUUUUUUGGUCUGUAUGCCUGUUCUGUAGCGCUUGUAUGUGGGCAUACGCCGGAUGUCGGUGCACCAACGGAGAAGAAUUUGUGGUAGAGUAGUUUCUUUUUUUUGUUUACCUUUACUAUGUUUUGUUUGGCCAGGAACACGCGUUUGAUUAAAGCGAGUGUGUGUAUCAGAUACUGUGCCUUUUUUAUAGUAAUAGUACUACUUCGAAUAGGAAUACCAAGCUUCAAACCCCUCCAAUUUCUCCAUUCUCUCGUCCGUUGUAGUUUGUAGAGCAAUUAUUGUAGUUGUUUUUUUUCUCUAAAUAAUAGUAGCUGAUUCAAAAUUUGAAACCAGUUAACCCUGUAGAACGCCCCCCGGGGUGAAAUUGGAAGGUGGUUUGUUUUGCUAUUUGCGUAGAUUGUAGGUAAAGUGUUGAGUUUUCAACAAACGUUGUUUUAAGUUCGUUUUUUCUUUCCUAUUCCGCAUAACUGACAAACCUUCGGAAGAGGUUACGCUCGCGUUAUGGGACAGUGCACUGAAAAGCACUGUUCCGUCAAACAGGCAAUUGGCGUGUAAUUAUCGUCUCGCUUAAGCGUGUGAGUGUCAAUCUGCAGUCAUGCGAGUAAAAAUGCAAUAAUUGCACACAGAACUAGGAAGAAUGUGGCGCGGUUAUAAUUGGUCCAUGAAAAAAAAAUAAUCAUGCAGCAGAUAAACGAAAGGCGUAAAGCUUUAAACUUGCCAUAGAACAAAUCAAUAGACACAAUAUCGUUUUUGAAACCAAACACUAUACAAACCUGAGUUCCUUUAAAUGCUGCACCAGAGUAGGGAAGUGCAUUAAAGCUUAUCAGUGCAAUAUGAAGCUUAAUAUGGAUUCAAUUUUGGGUGAAUGUAAAACAUGCAUGCGUUGUUGAUGAAAAUGUGAAAAAACCCGCCAUCGGAAAGUAGUUCAUAAGAAGACAAAUGCAUGGAAGAACGUCUUCACAUAGCAAGCCCAGCAAAACUGGUGUGUUCCGCUCUAGUCAGCGCCUACUAUGACCAAAAAUAAUCUUCUUAUUUGGCUGUACAAUCGGUCGGUCAUGGCCUGCCACCCCAUAUUCAACCAAACGGUCAAUUUAUGAUGUUUUGGCGCGUGAACGGAGCUAUUUAGUCGUGGCACACUGUUCGGAGCGGUCGAUCAAAAAUCACACAAACAGACGUCGUUUUGUCAGUUCGAUUUCGUUCGAUUCGACGGCUGUUUUAGUUUGGAGCUUCCUCAUCUUUUAAAUACGCACAAUAUAUAGAAGUAAAGCAGUUUCUCACAAUGCACACAAUAUACCUACAUAUUUGGUUUGCUGCCUUUGGAUUAUGUUCCGUCUUGUGUGAGGAAGUGGCAGCUAAAAAGAAACCUCAAUACACAUCAUCACCUUAGAUGCAGUAGAAGCUUAAUUGUAAUCACAUUUAAUACGUUCACCAACCAAAACCCCGUUCAUCAUAAAUCACAAAACAAGUCCCGAAAUGCGAAUUCGCAGGACGUGUGUUCACGAACACAACACAUAGUAGUUAUUAGACAUUCAGUGAUCGGUAAUGUGCCACCGAUGGGAAGAAUAAUAGCAAUAAGCAUCACGUGAUCGUUCUUAUGCGCGUGUAUCAACAUGAACCAUUUAGCUAGGCUUUCGAUGCAUAGUAGUGCUGAAAUCAAAUGUAGUAUACACGUUUUUUUUGUUAUAAAAGGAAAAAAACUGCAAUAAUUGCCGGACUGUGGAAGCAGAUGUAUUAAGAACAAGCUCUGAAAUAUCGAAAAAGACAAUAGAUGCGAACAGCAUGCGAUAAACGUGAAAGAGCGUCAGCAGGGAAUAAAAUGUGGAACUAUCUGCUUAGCAACGUGCAAAACAAUGUUGCGGACGACAAAUGCUGCCAACUGAUGCAAAAAAAUGAAAUGGACGGUCAAGUAAAAAGUAGCAUUCGUAGCUUAGAUAAGCGUAUUGAACUUUUUGCUUGUUUUAGACUCGUAAAAAAUGGUUCGAAAGGCAGUUCGAGCCAUUUUCCACAACGCGCAGUGAAUGAAACGACAGUAGAAAAUAUCAAAGCAGGCAAUGGUCAGUCUUUACAUUUUAGCAGGAGGCAGAAAGUUAAAAGAGAUCGCAUGUCGGAGAAAGAUCGAACAAACAAUAAACUUAUCAAAGUAGAGUUCCAGAACAA